CAUCUCCAUUUCAAUAAUUCGUUUAAGUUUCCUAACCAGUGCUUCCUUUUUCUACCCAAUUUUUUCUCUUAACACUUCAUCUUUGUGCUUCUUAUAGCCUCCUUACAUUCAUUUCAUUUCUCAAUCUAACAAAAAACAUUUGUUUUGUGGUGAUUCAAUUCAUGGCCAUGACAAAUUACCAUGUUUUGGUCGUGCUACUUUUGGUCAUUAACCUUAUGUCUUUAGCAAAUUGUGCUGUUGAUGAUGAUUUGGGAUUCGGGGCAUCGUAUAUUUUUGGAGAUUCUUUAGUAGAUGCUGGAAAUAAUAAUUAUUUACAAACUUUAUCAAAGGCUAAUAUUGCACCAAAUGGGAUCGAUUUUAAAGCUUCUGGAGGGAACCCUACUGGUCGUUACACUAAUGGAAGAACCAUAGGCGAUAUUGUUGGAGAGGGACUGGGACAACCCCAUUAUGCAACACCAUAUUUAGCUCCAAAUUGCACUGGAAGAACUAUAUUAUACGGAGUGAAUUAUGCAUCAGGAGGAGGUGGAAUUAUGAAUGCCACCGGAAGAAUAUUUGUAAACAGGCUUUCAAUGGACAUCCAAGUUGAUUAUUUCAACAUAACAAGAAAAGAGAUCGACAAGUUGUUGGGUGAAUCUAAAGCCAGGGAUUAUGUCAUGAAAAAGUCUAUUUUCUCAAUAACGAUAGGGUCCAACGAUUUUCUCAACAAUUACCUUCUCCCUGUACUUUCUAUUGGUACAAGAGCAACCGAAUCCCCCGAUGCCUUCAUUGAUGAUCUUCUCAGUCACUUAAGGGCACAACUUACGAGAUUGUACAAAUUGGAUGCAAGAAAAUUUAUUAUUGGUAAUGUUGGGCCGAUUGGUUGCAUCCCUUACCAAAAAACAAUUAACCAAUUGAAGGAGAACGAGUGUGUGGAACUAGCAAACAAGUUAGCACUUCAAUACAACGCACGAUUGAAAGAUAUGUUGGCUCAACUGAACAAAGAACUCGACGGAGCAACUUUUGUACAUGCUAAUGUUUUUGAUCUCGUCAUGGAACUCAUCACAAAUUACGACAAAUAUGGAUUUGUAACUGCGACAAAAGCUUGUUGUGGAAAUGGAGGGCAAUUUGCUGGGAUAGUUCCAUGUGGACCAACAUCUAGUAUGUGUUCAGAUCGUGACAAACAUGUAUUCUGGGAUCCUUAUCAUCCAAGUGAAGCAGCUAACCUUAUAAUUGCCAAACAAUUGUUGGAGGGUGACCCCAAAUAUAUAUCUCCCGUGAAUCUUAAACAACUUCGAGAUCUCUAGCUAAAUGUCUUUUUUUCUUUUCUCCACACAUUAAUUAUCUUGUAUUGUGUCAAAUUAUAUAUCCUUUGUUUCUUUUAUUUACUUUAAGAGGUUUGAUCUUUUGAUUAAUUAAAUAUAUUGUGGAAGAGAAGUGGAGGAAAGUUCUUUGCCUUCCAAUUGUUCCUCGUCUUAAAAGAAUAUUGGAGUUAUCUCUCAUUUAUCUGAAUUUCAGUAUUUGGUCUUGUGGAAAA